AGAAAUCUCCAACUCAACCUCCCUUCUCCCAUCUCUCUCUCUCUCUCUUUUAGUUUUGCCCAAUAACAAUUCGCCGCCUUAUAUUUACUGUGUGUGUCUAUAUAUAUAUAGAUAUAGAUGUAUGUAUGUGUCUGUAUAUAUGCAGUAGUUGGCACGUCGAAAUAAUUAAUAACAGAAAAUGUACUUGUUCCUCUCUUCUCAAGUUUCUUCUUGAUAGCCUGAUCAUAGCUUCUUCUCUUUCAUUAUUGGCACCAAGCAUUUGAUCUAAUUUCUCUUGGAUCCCAAGUUCUGUAGUGAAGCUUGCUUCUGGGCUUUCUUCUGCUUUGGCAAAAGGGGUUGGAAUUGGAAGAUUCAGAAGAUGUUGGGAGAAUUCAUAACCAGUAGCCUAGUAUUGAUUCUUGGCUAUGCCUACCCUGCUCUUGAAUGCUUCAAAAGUGUGGAGAAGAACAGAGUUGACAUUGCAGAACUGCGUUUUUGGUGCCAAUACUGGAUAAUUGUUGCGUUGGUUAGAGUACUGGAGAGUAUUGGCGAUCUUUCUGUCUCAUGGAUGCCAAUGUAUACCGAAGCAAAGUUGGCACUUUUCAUCUACUUGUGGCAUCCUAAAACAAAGGUACUUAAUAUUUUUACUGACUGUUAUAUCAAAUGAUGUGAUUUGUGACAAAUAUCACAAUUCUUUAUAUUCAGUUAAAAUUCAAAAGUUGGUUAUCAAAUGUCAAAAUGGUUAUUAAAUAUUGGAGUAGCUUGGUGGUAAUAAGUAUUUCUUUCUUACUAUAAAAGAUCUGGAGAUCAAAUCCAUGAAUUUUUACACGAAUUUUACUGCACAGACUCACAUUUUCUACUCCAUUACUUUUACUUCUUGACGUUGCAAGAUAUGAUAUGUUAUCUUCAUUCUGUGGGUCCCAAGGAAUGUGUCAACAUCAAACUUUUGUGUGAGUGAGUAAAAGUAUGGAGUAUAACUUAGGAGUCCAAGUAGUAUUUUGAUUAUUUUCUUUUUUACCCUCGAAUUCAUGAAAA